ACAGGAAAUAACCCUGGCUCAUGAAAGAGCUAAACAACUAACAGAACAACUGGAUGGAGAAAAAAGAAAGUUGGAAUCUGAGGCUUUAUUGCUAUCUGGAAAGCUUUUAGACUUGGAGCUUUUGAAGAAAAGAGAAGAGGGCUUAGAAAGCCAGAAAGCUGAACUUCUUAAUCAGAAGAGUAUUCUGCUAGAAACCUUUAUGGGUACAAAGAAAAAAAUUGCCAUAGAAGAUGAGAGAUUUUUGAAGGAAAUUACAGAGUUCAACAGUGAAUAUGGGUUAACAUCCAAAAGGGAGCUUUUAAUUAAAAAAAGAGUCAAGGCUGAAAUAUGUGAAUUAGAGGAAAAAGAAAAUGUUUUGAGAAAUGAAAUAGAGUCAAUGAAACAUGAAAAUGUUCAGAUAAAAAUGUUUCAGCUGCAGAAGAAUGAACUGAAGAAGGAUUUGUGUACUUUUCAGAAAAAACUCAAAGAUCUUGAAGAAGAAAUAAGAGAAGCUAAAAACACCACAAAGUGUUUAGAAACAGAAAAAAAUAAAAUUUCUGAAAAACCGCAGACCGAUCCAGAAUGUGCAAGGCUUAAAAAGAAAUUGGAGAGUUACAGAGAAGAUGAAAUGGAAAAUGCCUGUGAGGCUCUUCAAACGGAAAUUGAAUUUCUGCAGAUGAAACUGUUAUACAAAAAAAACAAACCUCCAGUCAAAUAAAUAACAUAUGGUGGAUUGAUUCAAAUGUCAGAGAAACAAGUCUUUGUAGCAUUUGAGUAAAUGCUGCUUUUGUAAGCCUUUGUUGUUAAAUUUAUCAUCCUCUACAUUUCCUGCUAGCAAAACAUGGAACCUGUUUUUCGCAACACAUAUUGUAUAUUUUCUUUCGUCUGUUCAUUAGCAAGGGUGUCUAGCAACUGUAAACAAAUCAUUUUCUUUUUGCUGAGAGAUUUUUUUUUGGCAGUCUUCCCAUUCCCAUAUUCAACAUUAAAAGCCUGCCUGCAUUCUAUCUUCACCAGCUCUGGCAGAAGCACACAAUUCAACAUAACAUGGAUCUUGUCACUAUUAUCUCAAUUCUGUGCUUGUCUGUGCAAUUUCUCAGUGCUGUUAGGUUCCUGGUGUGCUUCCCCGACCCCUUUUAAUACCAGGAGAAGGAAACAAUGCGGCUCCCUCUGAGUCAGUGCUACCAGAAGGAGAUUUUCAAUGAAUAUUUAGCCACAUUCUCUUUUAGUGCUUAAUGUAGAUUUAUUUCAGCCUAUUAUCCCUUUUUAAUAAAUUCCAGCAGAAGUUUGGAUGUUUGUUUAUUUUUUAUUGUCUUGCUUAGGUAGA